AUGUCUAAAGAAACUCAUAGUAACUCAGAUAUUGUAGACACUGGUGAAAAUAUGAGUCUUGUUGUCAAGACUAGUGAAGAUAUUAGCUUCGAAGAUGACUGCAUUGUUGUUGAUAGUGAAGAUACAGACUUUGCUAUUGAUAGUAAUGAGGAUAUUAGCUUCGCUUUUGACAAUAGUAAGGAUACAAGUUUCGCCGUCGAUAAUAAUGAAGAUAUUGCCAAUAAUGAAAGUGUAAAUUCUACUAUCAAUCCUAGUAAUAGUGACACUUCUGCUGAUCGUAUCAGAAAUAUUUCAAAAAGAACUAAUCAACGUACAUCUAUUAAACCAGGCAACACAAUGGGAACUUUAGCAACUCACCUUAACAGUAAACAUAAAAAGAAUAUCUUCCUAAAACAGCAAAUGCUCUUACAUUUUGCGACUACACCAUAUACACCAAAAGAGGAAAAACGAGUAAAUGAAAUUAAUAGAAAGUUUGAGGAUAUACGUGAAAAAAUGAUAAAUUUACUUGAAGAUAUUAGUUCAAAAGUUUCUGUUACAUGUGAUAUAUGGACUUCUAUAUCCAAUCAAUUAACACAAACUAAAGACUUGCUUCUAACGCUUUUUGAUGAAUUUAAAAUCACACAAUGCAUUAUGGGACUUACCACUGACAAUGAUACAAGCAUGAUUGUUGCAGGGCGUGAGCAGCAAGUAGCUCUUUCAUCUUUAGGAAAUUAUGAAUACACACAUUAUAGAUACACUGCACACAUUUUAAAUAUCACGAUGAAACAUGGUAUGCAGCUCAAAACAAUAAUUAUUGAAAAAAUUAGAAACUUUAUAAAAAAACUUGAUAUCGAUACCUGUUGGAAUAGUACAUUCGUAUUAUUGCAAAAGUUUAAUAGAAUGAAAGAAACACUAGAAUAUUUGGUUGCAAAAAAUAAAAAGCAACUUGAAGAUUCGUGGCUUGAUGAAAGUGAGUGGGACCAAAUAGAUGCAAUGUUAGAACUUCUUGAACUAAUAUAUAAGGCAACAUUCUUGUUAUCUGCUAGCUCCUAUCUGGCUAUUAGUAAUGUUCGUCUCAUAUUUAUGGGACUUUUACAUCACCUUGAUCAAUAUCUUUUGAAUUAUGAAGUGAAUGAAUAUUAUAUGGCACAAUCAAUAAUGCAUAAACUAAAUGAGUACUGGGGCAUUAUUGAAAAAUUGACUUCAACUGCUGUAAGUGUAUUACGCAAACGUAUAUUAAGCUAUAGAAAGGCAUCCUCAAAUACGUCCACUACUAAGCAAAGAAAAGAAAAUAAAAAAACAAAUCAGUGUCUAUUCUUUGAAUCAUUAUUACAAGAAGAAAAUGCCGCACCAGUAGAAAAUAAGUUAGAACAAUAUUUAGCCCUUCCACUUGCCCUAGAAGAAAACCCACUUAAAUAG